AUGACUAGAAAGAAGGUCAAGCUUGCAUACAUCACUAAUGACUCUGCUAGAAAAGCUACCUUCAAGAAAAGGAAGAAGGGGCUGUUGAAGAAAGUAAGUGAGCUGAGCACUCUCUGUGGCAUUAAGUCCUGCGCCAUUAUUUAUAGCCCAUAUGAUUCUCAACCUGAAGUUUGGGCUUCUGAGCAUGGCAUUCAACAUGUUCUUGGACUGUUCAAGAACAUGCCUGAAAUGGAACAGACCAAAAAAAUGGUCAACCAGGAGAGUUUCCUGAGGCAAAGGAUUGCCAAAGCUAAUGAGCAGUUGAAAAAACAACAGAAAGACAACCGGGAGAAGGAGAUGACAGAGGUCAUGUUCCAAAGCCUGACUGGAAAAAGCCUGCACAACUUAACCAUGAUGGACUUGAAUGAUCUUGGGUGGUUGAUUGAUCAGAAUUUGAAGAAUAUAUAUAGAAGGAUUGGUCAACUCAACAAAGUGGCUCAAAAGCAAGUCCAAGGCGAACCAGCUGCUGCAAAAACAGAAGGAAUGGUGGUGGGGAGUACUAGUACUAGUACUACUCCUGCAGAGAUGAAUAAUGCGCGGCAGCCUCAUGAUCAUCAUCAGAGAACACCAGGUUUUGAGAUGAACAUGGACACCAUGCAGAGGCAGCAAUGGUUCAUGGAUAUGAUGAAUCUCCCAUUAGAGAACAACAUGGGGUUUGGAGGAGAUGAGAUGAUGCUGCCAUUUGGAGAUAACAGUCACAAUGCUCUUUGGUCUAAUGCCUUCUUCCCUUGA